UCAGUUCUUCGUGAUUACUCGAUCGAGUAAGAUCGAUUUCUGUUCGCUGUCGCGUUCGAUUCUGACAAUCGCGUACGUCCUAAAAAAAAUCACACACGUUACCGGAAAUCGCGAUAUCGUGUCUACUGUGUCCUUUGCGAGAGGAGGAAAUAAGGAUUGAUCGAGAAGGGAAAUCGAGAUGAGAAUGAUUCGGCGGAUUCCUCAUUGAAUAGAUCAUUUUAUCGGAUCGGCUAUCAGACAUGCGUUGGUUUCGUGGCCACGCCGAGGCACCGAGACUCUUACGUCUAAGUCCCCUUCGAGCCGAUGAAGAAGUCAACGAAGUAUCCUAUCAUUUUCGCGCGAGGUCUCGAUGCAGAGACAUGUCGCCGGUGCGAUGGGCUCGAAGAAAAUCCUCGAGUUCCGAGUCCGAGAGGAACUGUUACAAUGUGCAGACCUCCCAAGUGACAACCGAACGGACGUCCAAUAAAAAGGGCAAGAAGAGAAUACAGGAAGAACGGCGGAGAGUGUGCGAGAAGCGAAAUCCCCUGUUGGAUCGCGUGAAGAGUACCAGACUGAGCUUCUUCAAAGAUCGCGAUUCCGAUGAGGACGAGAACGAUGGCGAGGACGACGAGGAAGCGAGACGAGUUCAGUUCCGUUCCAUGUGUGAGCUGAGGCAUCGCGAUCUUACGAGGAACGAGUUGCGGCGAUCGGUCUGCGAGUCCGACCUGAAGGAUAUUACGGAGGAGGAGAAGAGCCAUGCGAAGAGGAGGAGACGCGCCAAGUCGCAGAGCAGGUUACCGUACAAGAAGCAACAGGAGGAGCGGUUCUCCUUUCUGGGCUUUCGUACCUCGACGCCUCGUAAGCAAUCCGAGUGGCCGAGAGAAACGGAUUCGAUCCGGGAAGAUGCAAUGCCACACGAUUACCGAUGGGGGAGAACCAAUCAGGAUUUCCUCGACGCGAACCGUAGAGCCGAUCGAGGCUGUGACCGUACGAUGGUGGUCGAUACCAGGGAAGAAAUACCUAGACAUGCCAAUGAAACCAACUUCAAGAAAGACGCCACGAUAACGGCGUUCGACAGCAUUACACCGUCCAGCUGCCUGGCGGCGAAAUUUCGCGCGAUGCAGGAUAAAUAUUUGAAGAGCUCGACAAACAAGUUGAUCGCCAAGAUUUAUAAAAAGGACUGCAAGGACAAAGAAAGACGAAGAUUACGUAGCUUCUCUUACGGUACGUUACCAGGUCUCGAAGAGCUGCGGACGAAUCCGCUUUAUGAGGAUCAGGAUCAGGACGAUAAUGACUCCGGAAUUCUGGACAACGAUUCCGCUACCAGUUCCCUUCUGGAUGACAGAUGUAGCAGCGGUGCUUCCGGGCCGCUAAAUAACAGCAGUCAUAACGAUUCUUGUCUGGGAUCGCCGCCUCGACUCCCACCCAGAAGACCCUUCUCGUCUGCCGUAGACGUCGAUAGGACCGCGCGAUUGUUCGCCAGUUUGGAUACGUACGACAGGACUAAGGAUACCUCCCGGACGAAUCUUGUUGAGGAGUAUUCGAAUGUUUGCCAAGCUACGAACGACUCAUUGAUAGAUCAAGCGGCUCGAAUCUCCGCAGAAAAUAGCACGGAUCGGGAGAGAGAAGAGAGAAAUGAGGAUUCUAAACAGAAAAAGCGCACUUCCGGCUUGCAGGUUGUAAGGAGCAAACCUUACACCACGGAAACGAUGGUCGUGAAACUCCUCAAGGAGACGUCCGAUCAAUGCCUGGGCAUUUUUAUCGCGAAAACCUCGGAAUCCAGUCCGGGUUAUCUGGUAGCUCACGUGGUGCCAAACGGACUGGCCGAUAAAGAGGGCACUCUGAGGAUCGGCGAUGAAAUUUUGAUUGUCAAUGGAAAGAGACUGCGUGGUUUGAGUAUGGCGGAGGCGAGAAAGAUCCUGGGUAAUGGCAGCGGCCCUGGCGACGUCGAUAUUGUCAUCUCGAGAUACUCGGACGUUGAUCAGCUAGCGAAGAAGCUGAAAGAAAGUAGCGUAGAUUAUGAAAACGUCAGCAUGGAAGAUGGCCACGGGGUGAUCGUCGAGAGCUCACCUAGCUCGCACUUUAGAAAGCAUCAAACUAGAUGUCAUCGAGACAGGAAGGACGAAUCAAACAGAUCAAUUUCAUCUGAUAAAUUUGCGACAAAUAUAGAUAACACGUUCGCGCAAAAUAUAUCCAAGUUCUGCACCCUCCCGAGAAGGCCGAGAAAUACUGUGUCAACGUUCCUUACGGUGCUUUUCGAGAAAGGGGCCGGGAAAAAGUCUUUGGGAUUUACUAUAGUUGGCGGAAGAGAUAGUCCAAAAGGAAGCAUCGGUAUCUUCAUAAAGUCAGUGCUACCUGGUGGUCAAGCCGCCGAAGAUGGCCGUUUGCGCGCAGGUGACGAAAUUUUGGCUGUGAAUGGCCAGGUCUGUCACGACUUGACACAUCGCGAAGCCGUACAACUCUUUCGCAAUAUUAAAAGUGGGCCAGUUGCUUUGCACCUAUGUAGACGCGUGAAAAAUCGUGAAUCGCAAAUGCCGAAAGCCAAAUCAUGUGCAGAUCUUUUGCUAAUAGACACGUAGGAGAGUAAUGAUACGAUGUUUUAUCAUAAACUCGAUUGACAUCGUUAAAAAAAGCAGGCAGCAUUUUAAAAGUAAAAUGUAAAAUACAUAUCGUGUAUAUAUUGUACAUUUUCGGAAUUCGCUAGAAAUAAAACAAUUAUUUAAUUAAGAAUAAUCUGGAUACAGUACCUUUUCGAUGGUACUACACAAGUAUUGUAUAUCCUCUCUUUAUUGUCCUCUACGAUUUAAAAGAUGUGUAUAAUGGAUUCUGUGUGUAUUACGAUAUAACAUUAUUUAUAUAA